CUAGACCGAUCCAAUCAGUUAUUGUGGCGUAAAUCGGAUUCUUCAUGUUCAAUAGUAGGUAUUUGGCAUGUUAUGCAGCGGCUAAACGGCUCCUUAAUAGACUUGGGACCUGCAGAAUUGCAAUUCCAAGGUUAAAAAUAAGCCUCUUAUAGUACAUAUACAUAUACAGAGCUAUGUAUUCGGCCAACUAAAACUUAGUAAAUUCCAAUUUCCUACAGGCCGUUCCCGAAUGCGAGUCACCCCACUUAGUGGUGUCAAAUCUCGAAUUGCCUCAUGGAUUUGUUUCCUCAUCCCUUUUUUCUCUGCCACACGCCUUCGGUCUGUCGUCCUCCCAUUAUCUGUCUGCGGUCGCAGGGAUGGCAUCUCCGACAUUUAUUGUGAGCAUGCCCUCUGCGGGCCCUGCAUCGUCAGCGUCCCAUGCGCCCUCCCGGCCGCCACCAAAGAAGCGCAGUCAAGUGGCCCGAGCCUGCGAUUGGUGCCGGGUGCACCGCGUGAAGUGUGAUGCGGAGUUCCCGUGUUUGAACUGCAGGAAAAGAGGCGCACGGUGCAGUAAUGACCGACAGGUGAAAUCUCCUACUCUUCCGGAGGCCUACCGCGAGAUUGAGAGGCUGAAGCAGCGCGUCGAGGAGCUGGAACUCGAGCUCCGGGAUGAGCGUGCGGUGCGCUUGUCGAUGCGUCGGCUCGACACUCCGUCGACCCUCCCGGACGAUGAGAGUCCUGGUGAAAGGGGGUCAUAUCCGGAAGAGGGUCGAGUGAAGAAGGUCUGGGAGGGUAUUCAUAUUAGCACCGCGCGAUCCCCGAAUAAGACCUGGUAUGGACCGUCGUCGCUGUUUUAUUUCAUCGGCAGCAUCAACAAUUUUUUGACCACGGCUCUGAAACAAACGCACUCUACGCACCGAAUGCUACCCAACUCAGCGAGCACCUUGCUCGAUGGGCCUACAGAAGCGGUGGAUGGGGACCAUACCGACCGCGCGCUGGCCCCGACGGAUGAUCCUAUCCGGGCAGGCGAAUCUCUGAGCCCGAUGCAGGAAGAAUACUUUCUCAAUCUGUUUUGGGAGUCCUACUAUACGGCUUAUCCGAUCCUGGAUGAGCGCGAGUUUAAGGAGCAUUACCAGUCGCUGUGGGAGACAUCCGAGAAGGAACGAAAGCCCUCUGCCCUGGUGGAUAUCGUGCUCGCGGUCUGCAUGCAGUACGGGAUGGCGCGACUACCAGGCGGCCGACAAGGCCUCGCUGCGGCCUCCAGAGGCAAUGUGAAUGAUACGGAUUCUACCAUCGCGGGUCGAUGGCACUACCGACGCUGCCUCACGUUGUUGUCGGGCGAAUUGGAAAGUCCUACACUGUCGACGCUCCAGUGUCACAUCCUUUGCUCGAUAUACCUCUGCUACGGAUCGUUUCAAAACAUGUCCGAUAAUGCAUGUGGGCUCGCUGUGCGCACAGCAUUCAUGCUAGGUCUCCAUCUGGAGCCCCCCGAGAGUGUGCCGCGGCGCGAAAGAGAACUGCGCAAGCGAAUCUGGUGGAUAUUGUAUGUCUUGGAGAGCAACAGAAGCAUCAAACUCGGUCGUCCGUUUAUCCUACAGGAAUCGGCGGUAAACUGUAGCCUCCCGGCGGAUGAUCGCGAGAUUGCCAGCCUCUCGGGGUCUGGGUUCUCCCCCAUCGGAGAAAACGUCACCUGGUUGUCUUGGAACCUGUACAAUACCAAGCUGAUGCUGGCGGCUCGGAGGGCUUACAAGUCCAUCUACGGUAGACCUCCGGAUGCCUUUCUGUUGGGUGAUGUCCAGCCUAUCGCCGAAGUGAUGGAGUCGUGGCUAAGGGGGGUGCCGGACGCUCUCAAGACGAGCCGCCAGAAUCAUGGAAUGCCGUUUUCCACCGACCGAUCACCGCUGCAGAUCGAACAAUUUACGCCGGUCUGGCUCCAGCGGCAACGUCUGCUUCUAGAAGUGAUGUAUCAUAAUCUAUGCACGAGCCUCUACCGUCCUUCUAUCUGCUUCACUCUCGCCGGGGCGCCCGCCUCCCUGACCGAGCCGGCUGCGUUAAAAUGUGCCGCGCAUGCCGUGGCUCUCACCCAUAUCAUGCACCAAGUACUCUCCACCAGUUCCAUCCUUUCUGGCUGGCAUGAAGCAUUUCACUGGCAGUGGAACGCGGCGAUGACGCUGAUUGGGUUUGUGUUGGCAUUCCCGCAGUGUGCCUCUACUCCCGCCGCUCGAAGUACCAUCGACAUGACGGUUACCGUGUUCGAACACUUUGGGCAUAGUUUCGCGGUGGCCGUCAAUGCGGCUGCGAUCAUGCGUGAUCUGAGCGGCAAGGUCGACCUUCUGACCCAGGAGCAUCUGAGGAAGAACAUGGGAGCUUUCCCGACCGUGCCAGUCGCGGCAGACAGACUCCCGAUAUCUCUGCCAUACGAGGAGACCAAUUAUGACAACCUCAGCCACCCGGUCAUAGAGUGGCCAUUGCCCUCUGGGGAAGAAACCAGUGCAGAGAUCGGGGGGAUUCUCGGCCAUUCCAUUGAUAUCUCGGCAGAAACAUUCACUGAUCUCGACUGGUCGACUCUGAACAAUGAUUUCUUCGAUCAAUGGGUUCUGAGGCAGCAGGAUAUCCAGCUCUCCUAAAUGUGGAUCAUGGAAGGAUUUUGGUGGAUUCUGCGGCUCCAUAAUAACCGUUGCAGGAAUCCGAUUUUUCCACGCUAGUUUAUGAUUGAUGAAUAUAUAACUUUAAUUGAAUACCUACCUAGGUCGAGAAAGCGAUAUCUAUCUCGCGAUCUAUGUAUUUCAAUUAUGACCUCGAAUUCUUAAAAACCGAAUUCUGCGAACCCGAUUGGCCGCUGACUAAUAAUAACCUUCCCAAAGGAGGUCCGGAGUUCUUGCCUAAAGGAGUUUCCGGACACUAGUCCCAAAGGAGCCAUCAUGACGUUGCCUGAGGUUCCGGCCAUCCUCUUUGGUUGGCUGAAGUAUAGUUGGCCCAUGGGGUGAUCCAAAGAUUCAGUGCUUGAAAAAAAAGAGCCAGGAUGGAAACUUGGGUUGCCGCAUUAUCCAUCAUUCGGAGAUUGUCCUCGAUGCAGGGAUACUGUCAGGGAAAAAAAAAAAAUGUUUAA